UUUCUCCUUCAUCCCUUCUCUCGCAAUUUCUCUUAAUAUUCUCUUUCCUCAUUUUCUUUCACCAAGUUUGUUACUAUUUUCUCUCUCUGUGAUAAAUAAAUAUUUUUAAUACUUCGUUCUCACCAACUGCAACAAAACCAGAAUCAAAGCCAGAAAGAAAAGCCUUCUUAGAUAUCACCGCCACCAUAUCUCUCGAUAUCUUGCAUGUACAUUAAGCAAUACUCUCUCAACUCUAUUUAUCACUGCUUUCAAAAGCCUUAUUCAAAGUUCAUAUAUUGAUCCCAAAUUCGUAGCUAUCUCGAACAACACACAACAAAAGAAAAUCAUUGAAAUCCAUUUUCGUUUUCAGUACGGACAACGCACUCACUGAAUGGAAGAAACUACGUUCUCAAAGCUCUCUGACGACGUCGUUCUCAAUAUCUUCUCCAAGCUCGAAAGCGAUCCGCGAAACUGGGCCCGCGUAGCCUGCGUUUGCACCAAGUUCUCGUCUCUGAUUCGCAACGUUUGCUGGAAGAACAAAUGCCUGAAGACUAUUCCUUCCGUCGUCGCCGAUCUCAUGUCCGGCUCCGCUGAGCCGCUCGGAGGUUGGGCCGCGCUUCACAAGCUCACCGUUUGCUGCCCGGGCCUGGUCCACUCAGGGGUCCUUCUAGAAAAUUCCGAUUUCGGUCUUGAGCGAGAGAUCGGACCCGAUGAGAAUUAUAGCAAAUUGGGUUCGCCUCUAUCGGUGACGAAGCCCAAAAAAGGAUCUUUUUUGAGCCAAAUUGAGGCGAAUCCGGAAGUGGGUACGUCUGUUUCCGAUUGUUCUUGGUCUCUUUUCGAUGAUCUUUAUAAUGAUACCGUUUACAAUGUCUCCGAUGCUGAAGAUUGUGCCCAAGUCAGCGAAGAGGUUAUUGAAAAGGGUGUUUUCAAAAUGGACCCAGAAUCACCUUUAGUGAAAAAGAGAAAGAUUUGUCGAUCGAUGAGGUCGCAUUUGGCUUCUGGGUUUUGGACUUUGAGCCGUGAACAGGGGAAUAAGCUUCUCCAUAGUCGGUUCCGUGGAGAUUGCUUGUAUAUUUGUACUUUGCCUGGGUGUGCUCACUUCGAAGAGAAGCGGAAUUACAUGCUUUUCAGAGGGAUUUUCAAGGAUUUCAAAGGGUCGCAGGUGUGGAGAACGAUCAAAGAUAGUAGCCGGAACAAGAUUGAUCUCAAGUGUUCGUUCUGCCAUUGUAAUGAAACUUGGGAUCUCCACUCUUCCUUCUGUUUAAGGCGAGUUUUUGGGUACCAUGAUGAUGGUGAGCCAGUUGUUCGAGCUUAUGUCUGCGAAAACGGACAUGUCUCUGGUGCGUGGACCGAUUUGCCAUUGUACACUUAAUAUUUAAUUUUAUUUCUCCUUCGUUCUUCUUUCUAUAUGUAAGGGAAUUUUGUUUUAGUCUUUUUAUUUUAUUUUGAUUAUCUUUUCUUUUCUAACUUAUGUCUCUCUCUUAGUAGACGCUUUGCAAGUAUUUCAAUGUUACCAUGGUUUUAGAAGUAA